UAUCUGAGUUCAAACCGGACGAAGUCAGACCUCACAAACUUACCAAAUCCGUACAUUUAUUUAGUUUCAAAUGUGAUAAGUGAUAGAGGAUAUACUGCGUUAUGUAUAGAACUUCCUUUACUAUUUAUCCUUCUAUAAAAAGUGAGGCGAAGUAACUAUUUGUUAGUGCAAUAAAACUAUUGAAGCCAACAAGAUGAAUUUUUUUGCAUUUAUCUUAUUGGCAUUAACAUUGUUAUUUUAUACAGUGCAAACGGAAGCGACAAUAUGUGCCCCAUUUUCAAACUUCAAAAUUGAUUGUGACGAUUGUCAGUGUAGCGAGGAUGGCACCCAAUAUUCCUGCGAAGUGGGCGUUUGCGGGUCAGCGGUCUAUUUAAAUGAAAAUUCGGAAGAUGGAAACUCAGAUCGUCGAAGCAGAGAGGCGGAUGGUAACGCAGAGGUGCCCUACAUUAACGACGAAAUUCCUCCCCCAAGACAGGUUAUAGUCGAAGAUGUAAACAGUGACGAUGGUGACGACACCGAUGAUGGAAAAGGUUACAAUUUUUACAUUGUUAACCAGGAAAAGGACGCCGAACCAUUAGCUAACACAGGUGAAGAAGAAAAUAUGGAUGAUAAUGCGGCUCCUCCAAUUCCAUACCGAUUUAGACGAAGUUAUCCCGAAUAACGUCGACAUUGUCAAUGAUGCAUCCUACUGUAUUGUAUUAAUAUUUGUGAUUUUUUUCUACGAUUUUUUACCCCUGCUGUAUUAUAUAACUUAUUAUUAGCAAUUAAGUGGUUCUGUUUGAAUAAAUUGUUUAACAUA